AGGGUAAGUUGUUGCUGGAGCUUUUUCCCGUACUGCCUUUGUAAAUCUCACCGUUUAUGCUGCAAACAAGACGGGAUGUCGAUUAAAGUCGAUACUUUGACAUUUGUACGGGAGCGUCGAUCUGCAGCCCACGAAGGGGCCAGCAAUGCACCAUUAAGUUGAACGCUAACUACUGCUGAACAAGAAGAGGUUCUUCAAGGCAGGAUGUCGGGGAGGUUUGAUUCCUGCAAGACCAAAGACCACACACGUGCCUGGCAGGAGAUUUGAAAAUAAACAUGUUACACAGUAACAAGAUUAGCAGGGAGGGGAAGCGAAGAGAAACAAGGGAUUGAAAGAGACAAAAGACGAACUUUGCUCCCAAAGGCAGAGUCUGCUCUGCAGGACAGAUCAAGCUAGUUGCAACAGGCAAGAGAUAAGAAAAGCAAGUGAAACGUCCCAAUGGCAUACCGACUUUUUGAAGGGAAGGAACACGCUUCCAUCUACCAACAGUAUCGGUUUACGCCUCCAUCUGGGCUGAAGGACGUUAUCAUUCAGUACUUGGACAAAAAGAAGGGACAGCCGCAUGUGCUUGCUGUAGACCUGGGAUGUGGAACGGGUCAGCACACUCGAUUAAUUGCGCCGCAUUUCAAAGAAGUGGUUGGCAUUGAUAUCAGCGACUUCCAGCUGGAGGAGGCCCGGGCCGUGCCGGGAUACGCUAACAUCACAUACCGUAAGGGGACAGCAGAAGAGCUUCCUUUUGAGGACGGCACCGUAGAUUUAUUGACAGCAGCUUCGGCAGCACAUUGGUUCGACCCGACCAGGUUUCUGCUUGAGGCCGAUCGGGUCCUGAAGUCGCGGGGCUGCAUGGCUCUGCUGGGCUUCACGGACGGUAACAUCAGAUUAAACUAUAAGGACUGCGGAGAGAAGCUAAACCACAUAUACCAGGAGGUGAAGAAGUUGCUGCGGCCGUACACAAGCAGCCCAGUCGCUGCAUCAGAGAGUAAACUGGAAGACUUGUACUCUGCCAUACCCUAUCCAGACAAGGAAAGGAUUGAGAGUUUUAAGUGCAAAUCCAUGAUCUCCAUCAGAACAUUGGUGGGUUUUAUUAGCAGUUGGUCCAUGUACAAUUCUUACAAGAGAAAAGACCCACAAGGGGCUGAGGACAUGCUGGCCAAGAUUCAGAAGCGGUUCCUGGAUGAAAUGGGCGUCACUUCUGUUGACACUGAAAUAGAGCGGGAGUGGGAAUAUUUCUGCGUCCUGGCUUCAAAGCCGCAAUAACCAACACCGCAAACAGAAUCUGAGGUUCUUGUGUGUUUGCAUUUUAAAACGUGUGUAAAAUCUCUCCUUACAACACACUUUUCUGCAACACACAGGGAAACCACAGGGAAAGUGAAAUAUCCCAGGAAUUAAGCAACUUUUUUCAGCUUUUUAUGAUGUAUAUUAUUACUCAAUUAUAAAAACAAACCUGCUUUGUUACUUUCAUGCAUGUUUGAGGA